UUCUGGACACCGAGUCAUAAAAAUAUCACGCCAACCUUCUGAGGUUCAGGCGACUUUCUAGGGUUUUGAACUGAGCUAAACCCAGUCGCAGCAGACAACGCCCUCUCUCUCUCUCUAAAACUUUCUCCGGCUAGGGUUUUAAGCAUGAGCAGAUCAGGCCAGCCUCCGGAUCUAAAGAAGUAUAUGGACAAGAAGCUUCAGAUCAAGCUGAAUGCUAAUCGGAUGGUGGUUGGAACACUUCGUGGUUUUGAUCAGUUUAUGAACCUGGUGGUGGACAACACUGUUGAAGUGAAUGGCAAUGAGAAAAACGAAAUCGGCAUGGUGGUCAUAAGGGGAAAUAGUGUAGUCACCGUUGAGGCACUUGAGCCCGUUAGUAGACCACAGUAAUUAUACAUUCGCAAUGGUAUGGAUUCAUGUAACUUGUAGUGGAGUGUUAUUUCGGAUGCUGAAGCUUUAUGAUACCCCAAAAGAACCUGUUCUUAGAUUUACUUAAAAUGUGUUGUGAGAAUUAUCCGCUUCAAUAUUCUGUAUUUAAUGGCUGAAUUAAUAAUCUUGCUGACUAAAUUAAAUGCACCUGUUUUAUGACGAAGAACUAAGCUUUGAGA